GCCGAGACUGCAACGUAACGUCACUGAGGCCCGAGGGUAAUGCAGCAAAUUAUCAUGACUUUAUACUAGUAGACUAGUAGUAAGAGUGAUUUUUCCAUAUAAACACUGAAUAGUAGCCUCUCAAAUCUCAAUCAUAUUCAUGGCCAUGCAGAGUCUUUUGUGUGCCUUGGUUCUCAUGGUUGUGAACGGUGCACUAAUCCAAGGCCUCACCGUGGAGCUCAUCCACCGAAACUCACCGCAAUCUCCUCUCUACAACGCCUCCGCCACUCCCGAGGACUUGUCCACUGACGCCGCAACUCGCUCACUUGCCCGUUACCGAAACUACUACACCCAAACUAAAAUCCAGUCCACUGUCAUCCCAAACGGUGGAAACUACCUAAUGAAACUCGCCAUCGGAACUCCCCCGGUCGAACAAUUCGCUAUCCUCGACACCGGCAGUGACCUUAUAUGGAUACAGUGCCAGCCUUGCGACAACUGCUACAAACAAGAUUAUCCCUUGUUUGAUCCAUCUCAAUCGUCCACUUUCUCCAACAAUGUUGGGUGUGAUUCGAAUGCUUGUAAUGCGCUUCCUAGAAGCGGAUGCGGCCAGACAAAUAACCAGUGUCUGUACGAUUAUCGAUACGGAGACAAAUCGUAUACAGACGGGGAGUUAGCCACUGAUACGUUCACUUUUGAUGGCCAGGCCGAUACGGAGUUUCCAGGGACUGUUUUUGGUUGCGGUCACAUGAAUGCGGGGACUUUUUCUCAUGGCUCUGGACUGGUUGGUCUAGGCCAAGGGGCUUUGUCUCUCAAUUCUCAGCUAUCAGACACAAUUCACAACAAAUUUUCUUACUGUUUAGUCCCUUUCAUUUCGGGAUUAAACAGCAAACUAAAAUUCGGGGACGAUGUCGAUGUAAAUUCAGCUGCUAAUGCUGUUUCGACGCCUCUGCAGGCUCAGGAUGAUAGUUUUUAUCAUCUCAACCUCGAGGCCGUUACAGUCGGAGGCAAUACGAUAUCUGGAGGAGGAGAUAUAAUCAUUGAUUCCGGAACUACACUCAAUUACUUAGACCCGGGGUUGUAUGAUGCUUUGGAAGCGGCAGUACGUGAGAUGGUCGGCCUUAACUCUGUCCAACAUCCGAACGGAGCUUACAAUUUAUGUUACGAAACGGAAUCACUGACAGCAGUCCCUGCAAUAGAAAUGACAUUUCAUUUUACAGGAGCUGAUGUUGUGUUGAAUUCGAUCAACAUAUUUAGAAAUGUAGGUUACGGUUUGAGUUGCUUGUCGAUGUUACCUUCGGAUGGAAAUGGUCCGAGAAUAUAUGGCAACCGAGCUCAAAUCAACUUCCAGGUUGAGUAUGACCUCGGAAGUAAACAAAUUUCGUUUGCACCUGCAGAUUGUACCCAGUUCUAACUUCAGGCAUUUACAAGUUACAACAUCCUUAUAUAUGUGUAUUUAUCAAAUCAAUAAAACCAUGCAUAUUAUAUCA